AUGUCGAUUCCAUUUUCCAACACCCACUACCGAAUUCCACAAGGAUUUGGAAAUCUUCUUGAAGGGCUCACACGGGAGAUUCUGAGGGAGCAACCGGACAAUAUACCAGCUUUUGCCGCAGCAUAUUUUGAGAAUCUUCUAGAGAAAAGAGAAAAAACCAGCUUUGAUCCAGCAGAAUGGGGGGCUAAAGUUGAUGACCGCUUCUAUAACAACCAUGCAUUCAAGGAGCAAGAAUCACCUGAAAAACAUGAACCUGGAAAAGAAAAUUCUCAGACAUCUAUGAAAGAGAAGACAACCUUAGAAUCUCCUGAAGAAGACAAGGACAUGGAAGAGAAUGCUGCUCUCAAAAUCCAGGCAGCCUUCCGGGGACACUUAGCCAGAGAGGAGGUAAAGAAAAUGAAAUCGAGUGAUCUUGAAGAGGAGAAAACAGAGGAAAACGAGUGA